AUGGGGAAAGUUCCGCCGUCGUUUCGAUCUAUGGCGUCGACGCAACUGGUGAAGAAACCGACAACAUCUCCUUUACCGCCGCCGCGUGAUCCACGAAGCAGAAUCGCCGUUAGAGAAACUCUGAAACCUUCCGAGGACACUCGCGAGCCCUUGAGGAAUCCAUUCAAAACCCCAGAUCUCUCCGACGCCAAAAGCCUCUUCAAUUCUAUCGCUUCCACUUCGAGAAUCCCUCUCGAUCUCAAAUUCCACAACUCCGUUCUCCAAUCCUACGCUUCAAUCGCCGACGUUGACGAUACGGUGAAAUUGUUUCAACACAUUUUGAAAUCUCAGCCUGAUUUCUCUCCGGAGAAUUCUACUUUCCAUAUAUUGCUCGCUCACGCUUGUAGAGCUCCUGAUUCGUCUCUUUCGAAUGUUCAUCGAGUUCUCAACCUCAUGGUUAACAGUGGUGUUAAGCCUGAUCAAGUAACGACUGAUAUUGCGGUUCGAUCGCUUUGCGAAUCGGGUCGUGUCGAUGAAGCUUUGGGUUUGGUUAAGGAGCUCUCGGAGAAGCACUCGCCUCCAGAUACUUAUACUUAUAACCUCCUUCUGAAGCAUUUGUGCAAGCGCACCGAUUCGCUUAGUCUCGUUUACAAAUUUAUCGAUGAGAUGAGGAAAUCUUUUCGGGUGAAACCAGAUCUUGUUAGCUACACAAUCUUGAUUGAUAAUGUCUGUAAUUCCAAGAAUUUGAGGGAGGCAAAGAGACUAGUUAAUGCUCUUAGUGAUGCAGGGUUUAAGCCUGAUUGCUUCUUGUAUAACACUCUUAUGAAAGGAUAUUGCACCUUGAGCAAAGGGAGCGAGGCGAUCAGUAUUUAUAAGGAAAUGAUCGAAAAAGGUGUUGAGCCGGAUCUUAUUACUUACAAUACUUUGAUAUUUGGAUUGUCGAAAUCCGGUAGAGUUGAGGAAGCUAGGAAGUAUUUGAAAACUAUGGUUGAAGCAGGUUAUGAGCCAGAUGCUGUGACGUACACGUCUCUGAUGAACGGGAUGUGUAGAAAAGGCGCAACUUUAGGCGCGUUGAGUUUGUUAGAAGAAAUGGAAGGUAGAGGGUGUGCACCAAACGAUUGCACUUACAAUACUUUGCUUCAUGGAUUGUGCAAGGCAAGGUUAAUGGACAAAGGGAUUGAGUUAUAUGAGUUGAUGAAAUCAAAAGGCGUAAAGCUUGAGACCGCUGCUUAUGCCACGCUUUUGAGGGCUCUGGUUAAAAAUGGAAAAGUUGCAGAAGCUUAUGAAGUUUUUGAUUACGCAGUUGAAAGCAAGAGUUUGACAGAUGCUUCUGCAUACUCUGCACUUGAAACUACAUUGAAAUGGCUGAAGAAAGCUAAAGAGCAAGGCUUGGCUGUCUAA